AUGGCGCCGCCUGACACAGGCAACCAGGGCACGACAGCCGCGAGGCCUGGUAGCCAACCAUCUUACGACCAGUCCCACCCCACCGUCUUGUGCUGCCUGACCGAAACGUACUUUGACCUCAUUCUGCCAAAUUUGAGCAACCAGGAAGUACAGUUGACUAUACGAGAUACGGCAACUCCACCAUUGUUCGACAAGCCCCAAGCCUGCUCCCAAUCACUCUGCCAGGUCCUUUCGAACUGGCAGUCUAGGAGCCAGCGCCUACUGCUCACUAUAGAUGGCUACGGUCGAAUCACACGCGCACAACCCAAUGCGACCAAACUUUUUAUGCUGCGCGGUCGCCACGUCUCUCUGGCAGAGGUCCUGGAGCACUUGCAGACGCUGCCCCGCCGGCAUAAUGUACUGACCCGGCAGUGUCGAUUCCUGCUCGCGCUGGCACUCGCAGCGGCCACCUUUUUUUGCGUGGAGACGAUAGCGGCAGGGCAAGUUGUUGAGAGCCGGCACGUCUUCUUCGUGCCUUCGUGCGAUAGAGAGGCACGCCCGCCAAACCCGGGUCGGCCGUUUCUACAACUUCGCCGACCAUUUACGCGGCAAGAGGCCACGCAGAAUGCUAAUCACGAUGACUGCUGGAGCUCCAAGGCCGCCACAGAAAGCGUGUACCACCUAGCCGUGGUGCUGUGCGAGCUCCACUACAUUGGUUCCUUGAGGAGCUGGAAAUUCCAGUACGGCCAGGCGCUACACGACGACCAGGAAGAGGAUCAGAACGCUGGUGAUGGAAGCAACAGUAUCGAUUCGCUCCUGGAGACUUGUCAGUACAUGGCGCGCCGCUUACAUAGCGAUUUUGAACCUGGCUAUGAUAUGGCCGUCAAAUCGUGCCUCGCAUGGCAUGGGUCGACCGCUCGCGAGAGGGACUUUGUUGACUUGGUGAUUCAACCGCUAUGGGCUGCCGAGACACAGGUCUUAUUUGAUCGUAACGCGCUGAUGUGCGGGGUAGAUAGCCCCUGGGGCCCCGGCAGCGAGGCUUUUCUACGUGUGGUAUUUGGGGCUAGCUCCGCCAAACCAACCCAUGUCUCGGGUAUGGACUUAUUAGGCGUCGACGAUAAGGUAGACAGUAGAACAAAAAAACUUGACGGGCGGGACAAAUGGUGCAUAAACCUGCGAGACUCUAUAGACGAGUUCCUGAGUUCCAAUCCGCGUCAACGGGCCCGCCCGGUGCGCGUCGCGGUGCUGGAUACGGGUAUCCACGAAGCUUGGGCCAAAACUCAGAGCCGGAUCAAAGGCCGGCGCAAUUUUUGUGGCCCCGACGAGAACCAUGUAGACGACCGCUGUGGGCAUGGGACCCAUAUUCUGGGGCUUCUUAUAUCUCUGACCGAGGCCGCCGAUGUAGACAUAUAUGUGGCCAAAGUUUCCGAUUCCAAGCAAAUUUCCAAAGACCAGUAUAAGGCAAUUGCCGAGGCUAUCAAUUACGCCACCGAGACUUGGGCAGUAGACGUUAUGGUCCUAGCAUUUGGCAUCCGCGCGCACGACCCAGCGCUCGUUGCGGCUGUGGACCACGCUGUCGCUAACAAGACGUUACUCUUCGCAGCGGCCUCCAACUCGGGCGCCAACCAUGCUGAAUCCUUUCCGGCCAAGCACCACGGUGUAUUCAGUGUCUUCGCCACGGAUGUGUUCGGCGCCGAGCUGCCACUGAACCCGAAGCCAGAAGAUGCGAGUAAGAGCUUCGGUGCGUUGGGUCUCGAUGUGGCCAGCUGGGGCCUGGCAGACGACGGUAUGGAUUUGAUGCUACGACGCGAAACGGGGACGUCGGUGGCAACGCCGAUAUUGGCCGCGCUUUCGGUUGUCAUUUUGGUAUUCGUCCGGCGGUGGGAGUGCGGGGCUGAGAAAAAGCAGCCCGAUGAACUCAGUGACUUGUUGAAGGACUUUACUUUCAUGAAAAUGGCUCUUCGGCUCGUUGCAGACAAUCGGGGCUACAUACCCCCAGAGGCCCUGGUCAGGAAGAGAGAGUCGUUUUACAGCAGCUUGCUGGACGCGUGUCGUCAUCUCAUUCGUACAAAUCCCGAUCUCGCCAAAUACUACGUCUAA